ACGGAUACACACACACGCGCCGUAACGCAACCAUAACGGAGGAGCGUACGGAGCGAGACAUGCCCAGGCUGCUGCUGCUGCUUCUGCCCAGGCACGAGAGCUCUCCGGCAGGGUACACACGAGCCCCACACCCCCCCUCACCCUGAGCAGACAUGGACAGCACUGUAUUCUUUGGGACCAGCUGUCAGAACGGCCUGAUGCCCGCUCUAGUGCGCCCCCCGCUGGCCAGUGCAGUGCAGCAGCCCUCCCUGGCCCUCAAACAGUUCCUGCCCUUCCCACUGGACGCGGGCUCGGCUCUCAGCCUCUUCCCCGGAUUCAACACGAUGGACCCGGUGCAGAAGGCCGUCCUGAACCACACCCUGAGCCUGAGCUCCAACCCCAAGAGGAGACACGUGUCCUGCAGCCUGUGCCAGCUGCGCUUCAACUCCCAGAGUCAGGCCUUGGCUCACUACAAGGGGACCAAACACGCCAAGAAGCUAAAGGCCCUGGACUCUCCAAAGACCAAGCCCAAAGCGUCAGCCGUCACCAAGGAAACGACCAAUCCGGAGCCAGCUAGCGUCGCAGCGUCGCCUGUCCUCAACGGCACCGCAGCGGAACGGAGAGAUGUCUCUCCAGCGUCCAGCCUCUCUGUGUUGGCUCCUGCAGCUUUGGCCCCGGGGCCCGUGUGCAGACCUGAGCCCGAGCCUCCCCUCACAGACCCCCCCUCAGACCCUGAGCAGGAGCCAGGAGCUGAGGCCGAGCUGGGCCCGGAGGACAAGGAGACAGAGGAGGAGAAGGCACGCAGGCUGCUCUACUGCUCGCUCUGCAAAGUGGCCGUCAACUCCGCCUCUCAGCUCGACGCACACAACAGCGGUACGAAGCACAAGACCAUGCUGGAGGCGCGCAGUGGCUUGGGCUCCAUAAAGUCCUUCCCCCGAGCCGGAGUCAAGAGCAAACUGAGCCCCGUGCCCGGCUCCUCCACGGGGCUCCAGAACAAGACCUUCUACUGCGAGAUCUGCGACGUGCACGUCAACUCGGAGACGCAGCUCAAGCAGCACAUCAGCAGCCGGCGUCACAAGGACCGAGCGGCAGGUAAACCAGCCAAGCCCAAGUACAGCCCCUACAGCAAGCCUACCAAGGGCCAGAGCAAGCCCCCGGUCAAGUUGCCUCUGGGGAAGGACCUCCAGCCACUCAGUUCACAGAUCCUCCCGGCGCACCUGGCCGCCGUCGCCGCAGCCGUCGCCAUGGGCAACACUUUCCCUCACCGGAGUACGACUGGAGUGAGCCCCACCCCUAACCCCGCCCUCUUCCAGCCCCAGCCAAUCCCCGCUUCGCUGCUACGACCCGCCCCGGGCCCAGUCAGGACGUCCCACCCACAGGUCCUCUUCGCACCCUACUGACCCCGGCCCCCAGCGGCACUGUCCGGGGACCCUUCUAUGCAUCAGAAGCCAGGCUCUCUGCUACCUUCACCCAGUGUAAAGCUCCUGCAUCAUGCACUUUGCUCCAUGGAGUCCCCUGUGCAGCCGGGGUAGCCAUACUGAGUUCUCCUAGUGUAGGCUGCGUUCACGCCACACCAGGGUGAGGGGUAAAUGCUGAAGGUUGGUGGACGGCAGCUAUUGAAGAUUUUGUUUAGUUGUUGGAAUAGUACACCACAAUAACUUUGCUGAUAUAAGGUUUGAAAUAAUGAUGUAACUCAUAAGAUCAGUUUAAUGGUUUGAAAGGCUUAUGCUACUUUAUGAUCUAUGUUUUAAUGUUGUUUCCUCAUCACAAACAUAUCUGGAGUUGUGUUUUGUUUCAUUCACACAUUUAACAACAACUUCUCUCAGACAGAAAACACUCUCUUCCACCUUGUGAUGUCAUGUGGUAAUACAGGAAGUGCUCCACUGUGUUUCUAAAUUCCAUACACCUUCACUAGAAUAAUUUGUAUGAAUUCAGCUCUGGAAUUCCCAAUCUCUACUGAACUAAGGUAAAAAAAA